UUUCCUACAAUCAAAACUCACUGAAAAUAUUGCAUAGCGGUUUCGGCAGGGCAUGGCCUACUUUAAGCAAAUGUUAAGAUCAAAUUAGUUGCGUGUUUGAAAUUAUGUCAAAAUCUAAGACGUAUUGUAGCUGAGAAUCAGGACUGAUAAUGACUUGGUGAUGUGAGCGAUCCUGAUCAUCGUAACAAACGAAGUUUCCGCGUUGACGCCUACUUGGCUCGCGCCGCUGCCCGCUAUAAAAGGCUAGUUGUGAGCUCAUCGCUUCCGAUCGCCUCUUCUUCCUCCUGGCUUUCGUAUCUUGGACGUACGUACCCGACUUACUGUAUGCCGCUCCGCUGGCAUCGACACCACUUUUGCCUUGCAUGACCUCCAUCGCAGCGCCGCCAACAUCGCUGCACCGCCCGGCGGUGAGCGCCACACACGCAUCCAGAGCGUCCGUCGCGGCGCCGAGCAACAGAGUGCACCUUGGUAACCUCGAGCACCUCUUCCGAAACCGCGGUGCCGUCGAGAGCAGUGGGACCGCCGCGGCGCCUGUCCAGCCGGCACGGAGGAGGCAGCAGGCGCCGCUGCUGCGGCUACCGUCCUUCUUCAAGCGAGCCAAGGGCGACUUCGCCGUGGCCAAGGAGGAGCAGGUGGACUUGUCGCCGCGCUUGUUCCAGCCCGUGCCGCCCGACGGGCCGUCACCGCGUGGGGACAUCGCAGCGGCGUGGCGGCGGCUGCACGGAGAAGACGGCUGGCGCGGCCUGCUUGACCCGCUGCACCCGGACCUCCGCCGCGAGAUCGUCCGCUACGGGGAGUUCGUCGACGCCGCGUACGGCGCGUUCCUUUCCCAGCCCGAUGCCGUGCCGGGCGACGGCACCGGCGCCGUGCACGUCCCGCUCCAGGACGCGGCCUACCGCGUAACGGCGCCACUGUUCGCGACCUCGUCCGUGGGCUUCCCGGCCUGGCUCGCGCUUGCCGCGCCGUGUGCCGCACAGCGCACGAGCCUCGUCGGGUACGUGGCUGUGUGCGACAGCCCCGCCGAGGUCCGACGUAUGGGCCGGCGCGACAUCGUCAUCGCGCUCCGUGGCACCUGCACGGUCCUUGAGUGGGCAGAGAACUUCCGCGCCGGCCUCGUCCCGGCAACCGAAGCGGUAGACGCCGCAGCUUCGCCGGUCUCCGCCUCCGACCCAAAGGUGGAGUGCGGGUUCCGGAACCUUUACAAGACAGCCGGCGACGGUUCGCCGAGCUUGUCAGAGAUGGUCGUCACCGAAGUGCGCAGACUUCUCAAAAAGUAUGAGGGAGAGGAGGUGAGCAUCACGGUGACGGGCCAUAGCCUGGGGGCGGCGCUGGCGGUGCUGAUCGCAGACGAGCUCGCGGGCCACGGCGGCGCACCGACGCCCGUGGCGGUGUUUUCGUUCGGCGGGCCGAGGGUGGGGAACCACGCGUUCGCGGAGCGCGUGGAGGCCCGGGGCGCGCGAGUGCUCCGCGUGGUGAACGCGCACGACGUCGUGCCGCAGCUCCCGCCGCGCCCCGGCGGCCGGUGGUACGCUGACGUCGGCCGCGAGCUCCGCCUUGACAGCCGCGCGUCCCCGUACCUCCGCCCCGACGCCGACGCCGCCUGCUGCCACGACCUGGAGGCGUACAUCCACCUCGUGGACGGCUUCCUCAGUUCGCACUGCCCCUUUCGCGCCAACGCCAAGCGCAGCAUUCUGCGGCUGCUCAAGAACCAGGGUGGCAACGUCAAGCAGCUCUACAUCAGCAAGGCCAUGGACAUGCGCGUCCGGCUCGACGCCGGUGGCAGCGUUGACAUGCCUGGCUCGCCGCUCGGUCGUCUCGGUGCGCCGCCGAGCACCGUGCUUGAGUGCGUGCACUGAGGACGACGACGACGACGGACCGGCGCGAAAUGUCGGCGGCGCCGUCUUUGGUCUCUUGUUCAGGGCGGACACAGAAUCGGUGUGGUACAUCAAGUCACAAGAAGACUUGUGCAGCUCAAGAUUUAUUGAUUUAUUGGUAUUUAUGUACAGUACUGCAAAAACUGUAGUGUCGUCUUGUCUACGCGUGAAAGGGCGACCCGUUGGAGAUCCCGCUGUCAGGGAAUGGAUAAUAUGUUCUUUCUUUUUGCACGGUGAAUGUAUAAUAUGUUCCUGCAAACUUGUCAAUACAUAUUUUUGUGAUAAAACAUUACUAGUAUGUAGCAUUUGUCCUAUACGAUUUCAUAUUUGUGGGAUAAUUCAUAAUUGUGUAAAACUUGUCUGUUACGCUAUUUUUAUGAUACCUUAAAUGUCA